UAAGACCAAAUUCAAUGUUUCCAUAGUGACCAAAAUAGUAUUAUUCUUGGUACCAAAUAGAACUGUUUUAUAAUUCUGUAUAUUUAAUCUCAAUUUAUUUCCUUUAAUUUCGUCAUAUUUCUUUAAAGUAAAAAUCAAUGUCGUUAGUGGAAAUUACGCAUCAUGACGAAGUUAUAUAUAGAAUACUCGAUAAACCCCCACCAGAACCACCGAAGACACCUAGGUAUGAAUCUAAACUGGAAAAAGAGCUCAAAGCAACUAAAAUUCCACAAAGAAGACGUACUUUUGGCUAUGCUGAGACACCUUUGAAGCCGCCGGAACAAUUUCUAAAGAAAGGCGAAGGAAUUGGUCAGCCGACUAAAAAAUCGGACCACAAGUGCAUUAUGGGCAACCUACCAGCAGUGCCUAAAUGUCCGCCUCCAGAAAAGGCUAAGGAGAAGCCUAAAGUCAAUAUUAAAGUACGGAACAUAAAAGCAGUUUUAAAAGCAAAACCGAGACCAGUUGAACCAAGGUUAGUGGAUACGAGAGAUGGUCAUAUAAAAAAGAUUAAAGGUUCUGGUGAAGUUCCGGAGUACUGUCUCAGACCGGAUUUCGGACAGAUGCCCAAAUACCUUGUAAAAAGAAAUAGGAAGAUUCAGAGGAGAUUGGAAAAAAUAAGAUUAAAUGAAGAAAACAAAGAAAGUCUCUGCAAACUCAUCAACGAACAGGAGCGACAAAAACUUUUAGAUGAUCUGAAGCAAAAUUGGCAAUUAAUGCAGAAAGCUUUCUUACAAUUGCCGAUGCUCACGGACACGAUACCAAAAAUUAUAAGGAAAACUAAAAUGGAACAAGAACUGCGACAAUUGGAGAAGGAUAUCGCUCUAGUUGAAUCAAAUCCCUACAUCUAUAUAUAUGAAUGAUUGCUGUGCAAAUUAUUUCUUUAUUUGGUUA